AUGGACGAUGGGAAUGCAUACGGUGGAACAAACGGCGGUUUAGCACAGCGGUAUACAUUUACACAACAAAGCAGAGUGUUUGAUUUAGAAGGACCUUUAUACGAGGACAUUUUUCGUUUAGAUAAAUACAUUUUAAAUGGGGUUGACAUAAACCUAAAAUUAUUUCGAAACCGAGCUCCCUUCCUCGUAAUGAGUGCGGAAUCUUCUCCAGCAUACAAAGUGGAACUGAUAGAUGUGUCAUUUAAGGCAUGUAUGAUAAAAGUGGACAGUGGGGUGUUAAUUAAUCAUGCAGAAAUAUUGAAAGAUGUCACUGCAAAAUACCCCUUAGUGAGAACAGAGGUGAAAAUGAACACGUGUCCCAAGGGAUCAGGGAGUUUUAUCUGGCAGAAUGUAUGGUCCAAUAAUCUACCUACGAAGGCCUAUUUUGCUUUCAUAUCGCAAGCUGCCGUGAAUGGUGACUACUCAAAAAACAUUUUUAAUUUCCAAAAUUUAGCAGAAGAUAUUGCAGUGUACGUGAAUGGUGAAAGCAUUCCUGCAAGACCCAUGAAGGUUGACAUCGGAACCAAUAAGAAUAACGUCACACCAUUUGUAAAUCUUUUUGAAGUGGCCGAAAAAUGGAACAAAGAUGCUGGCCUCAAAAUUACAAGAUCAAUGUUUGCCGCAGGGUAUGCUGUGUAUGCUUUUAGUCUAGCCCCAAGUGACCUUGGAGAAGCCUAUUUAAAUCUGGUUCGCCAGGGAAGCGUCAGAUUAGAAGUAAAAUUUGCGGCUAAUACAACAGAGACGCUAAACUGUUUGGCUUAUGCAGAAUUCCCGGCUUUAAUCGAGAUAGAUCAUUCCAGAGACAUCAAGUAUACCCGAGUAUGA